AUGGCUGCGGAGGCCCGUGCUCAUGCCGCUCGCGGGUCGGAGCCACGCACUUUCCGGGGAAGCUCCUCCUCUGAGGAGGUACCCAUGGGUUUUGUGCAAAAAUACUGGACACCGAACAUUGGGUGCAAUAUUCGCAUCAGUUUGGCUACCGGUAUUCCAGAAUACGACGAGUAUGUCAAAUCCAUCUCGUGGUUCAACCGCGCUGGGCUACGCUACAGCUCGCCCGAUGGUUCGGUUGCCUAUCGUGGAGGAGAGACUCGGCAGUAUCCCAAGGCUAUUUGGCCACAGAUGAUCAAGUUGAGGAACAGCAAGGCCAUGUCGCGUGCUCUUCGGCAUGCACCAGGUCUCAAGCUGGGCAAAUAUCUGGAAGCAUCGAUGGAACAGCUGGACAAGCACACGUCACUCAAGCCUUUCAACUGGGAGCCACGAAAGUUUUUCUCCUUUCUCAUGGCGAACAGCAAAGGCCGUUUCCAGACGUGGAUAGCACCUGUCGCAUGCUCUUUCAAACGAUUUCUGGAUUGGGACUUCGUGAUCGGGAUUUCGGCCAUUCAGGGGCACAGCCGCAUGCCCGAGCAGGUCUCGGAGGUCGCUCAGGGUGAGAGACUCACCCUGGCCAGGGCUCGAGAGUUGGGCUACAUCUUCCACGCCGCGGACAAUCCCAACUACGAGAGCAUUAAGAGCGAGGGUCUCUCGAUCCGCGCCACGCGUAAAGGAUGGCAGCGUCAUCGGGUUGCCAUCCACUUCACUUACGCAGGUGGCACCGAGAGCCCAGGGCCUGGCACAGUGAUUCGUUAUGGGGCCAAUGUCUUUUACGCAAAGUUGGACAUCGACACCUUCUUCAACCAUGGUCACGAGCUUUAUCUGACCGACAAUGGAGUGGUGCUUUGCUACGAGGACGUUGCCCCAAUGUACCUCACGUUUCACUACAGGCCGCCUCACGAGCAGGACCCUGGUGGACUCAAACACGAGGAGAAGCAGCGUGCGGCCGGAGUAAGCUCUUCCUUUGAAGAGGCAACUCCAUCGGCUGCCGCUGACUCUUCGGAAGCCACGGGAG